CUGUGGGUGGCGCCCUUCCGAGACAGGCUUGGGCGAUUUUGUGCAGUUUCGUGUGCAACAAAGUACGGAGCUUGGCAGCUAGCGAGAACAGAAAAUCGACCCUUCUGAGAUUGUUUAUCUUCCCUGCGUUUUGAGACUGUUUUUUCAGACAUUUCUAAGCUUUCAGUGUCAUAUUGGAAGUUUAAUAGAAACGGAAAUCAACGCGAUUCAGUUUUCGGACGGUGUUAGGACGCUUUGAGGAGCAGCAAGGUGCUUUUUUGUAUAGAAAAGCGGGCGUAACAUUAGCGAGCUGGCGUAGAAAAGAGAGAUCCAGCACUACGCAGCGUGUCGGCCAGCCAGGGAGAGCCGGGAGGACCACGGCAGAGCCGCCGCCAGCGCCACGGGGAGUCGGGGCCCGAGAGGGAGCCUGCCAGGCCCUCGGCUUGAUGCACCCUGCCUGCCUCGCCUUAGCCGCAGUCCGAGAUGGGGGAGACCAAAAUUAUCUACCACCUCGACGACCAGGAGACACCGUAUCUGGUGAAGCUGUCGGUGCCGGCGGACAAAGUCACUCUGGCAGAUUUCAAAAAUGUCCUCAAGAAACCAAAUUACAAAUUCUUCUUCAAAUCGAUGGACGAUGACUUCGGGGUGGUAAAGGAGGAAAUAUCUGACGACAAUGCUAAGCUGCCCUGCUUUAAUGGACGUGUGGUAUCAUGGCUGGUCUCUGGAGAUGGGGCCCACACAGAUGCAGGCUCAGUGGCAGAUAGUUUAGAAGCGGCACCUCCUUUGGAAAGGACCGGAGGCAUCGGAGACUCAAGACCACCUUCUUAUCAUGGGAAAGCAGCAAGCGGUCGAGACAGUUUGGACAAUGACACAGAGACCGGCUCCAUGGUGUCACAAAGGAGAGAGAGGGAGAGGCCGCGACGGAAACACAACGACCACGGUGGAAGGCAGAAUGGCUAUUCAUCGAGAGCAAUGGGACGUGGUGGCGCCGAGUAUGACAGCUGCUCGUCCUUCAUGAGCAGCGAACUGGAGUCUACCUCCUGCUUCGAUUCUGAGGAUGAUGAUGCAACCAGCAGAUUUAGCAGCUCCACUGAGCAGAGCUCCUCUCGUUUAAUGAGACGACACCGCCGUCGCCGACGGAAACCUAAGGCCUCCAAUAUGGACAGGUCUUCGUCAUUCAGCAGCAUCACAGACUCCACCAUGUCUCUGAACAUCAUUACUGUGACUCUCAACAUGGAGAAGUACAACUUCUUGGGCAUCAGUAUUGUGGGUCAGAGCAAUGAGAGGGGAGAUGGAGGAAUCUACAUUGGCUCUAUCAUGAAGGGAGGAGCUGUGGCUGCAGACGGACGCAUAGAGCCAGGGGACAUGCUGUUGCAGGUGAACGACAUAAACUUUGAGAACAUGAGCAAUGAUGAUGCAGUUCGAGUACUUAGGGACAUAGUGCACAAGCCAGGCCCUAUUACUCUGACUGUGGCCAAGUGCUGGGACCCGAACCCUCGGAGCUGCUUCGCUCUGCCCAGGAGUGAGCCAAUCCGGCCCAUUGACCCAGCUGCGUGGGUGUCCCACACGGCUGCUAUGACUGGGGUGUACCCUGCGUAUGGCAUGAGCCCUUCCAUGAGCACCGUCACCUCCACCAGCUCCUCCAUCAGCAGCUCUAUCCCUGAGACUGAACGAUUCGAUGACUUCCACCUCUCCAUCCACAGCGACAUGGCAACAGUUGCCAAGGCCAUGGCCUGCCCGGAGUCAGGCCUGGAGGUGCGGGACAGGAUGUGGCUCAAAAUAACCAUCGCUAAUGCCUUUAUCGGGUCUGAUGUGGUGGACUGGCUCUUCCAUCAUGUGGAAGGGUUUUCUGAUCGCAGAGAAGCUCGUAAAUACGCCAGCAACCUGCUGAAGGCCGGCUACAUCAGACACACUGUCAAUAAGAUCACCUUCUCUGAACAGUGUUACUAUAUCUUCGGAGACCUCUGCGGCAACAUGACCCACCUGUCUCUCCACGACCAUGAUGGUUCCAGUGGGGGUGCCUCAGAUCAGGACACUCUCCCCCCUCUGCCCCAUCCCGGGGCAGCCCCCUGGCCCAUGGCCUUGCCCUACCAGUUCCCUAUUCCGCACCCAUAUGACCUCCCACAGCCCUACCAUGGUGGACCGGGCGCUGGCAGUGCAGGAAGCCAGCACAGUGGGAGCAGUGGUUCGAACUGCAGUAAGAACGAGGGCCGGAAGUCUGGCGGCAGUGGCAGCGAAACCGAGAUCAGGAGCCACCGAGCUCCAAGCGAGCGCUCAGUGGCUCCCCCUAGUGAGCGAAGUGUCCGUAGCUCUGUCAGCCACCGCAGUGUCAACUCUCACUCGAUAGCUUACGGUCCUGGCCUUGUCUAUGGUCCCCCUGGCCUUCCCCCCCAGCCCCCACAUCUGUCUACAGCUGCACCUGGUGCCCCACCAGGCAGAGAGCUUGCCUCAGUGCCCCCUGAGCUCACUGCUUCACGGCAAUCUCUGCGCCUGGCAGUGGGAAAUGCAGGAGAGUUCUUUGUUGAUGUGAUGUAAUGCAGGUUACAGGCCGAUAAGAAGUAGCAGAUUGGGCUUUCCCGGGUCACUGUAAGACUGAGAAGGACAGCGUGAUGGACAAGAGGGAGGGAAGAUUGCAAAAGCUGUAACCCACAACUCUGAUUCCACUCCACUCUUCUAAUAGCAGAAAUGGAUGCAACCCUGUUGUGUAUGCUGAGAGAAAAUGUUCCUUGUCUUUUGUGCUAUUCUUCCUAGCAGUAGUGGCCAUACUUUCUUCAGUGAAGAAACCCCCAAGCUCAAGAUGGAACCAAAGCACUUCUCUCAGUUUCCGCUCCUCAGUGAGGAAGAAUUUCCGUAAGGACAAAGAGUAAGAGAGAGGAGAGAGAGGCAUUUGAAAUGGACAGCUGGGGAAGAUGACUCAGCGCUUUCCUGCGUGGAUGUUUUUCAUUUGUUCUGCUCUUCACUCUCCUCUCUGCCUUCCUUAUCUACCAUUCUGUCCUCCCCCACCCUUGUGCAUGUCGAAACUGAGAGAAGCAAGCCUCUUCCCUCCUUCUGUUCUUUCAAUUCCUUUUGACCUCUAACAAAAAAAAGUCCGAAAGAAAGCUGAACACUAACUGCUAAGGUUAUUCAGACUUUUUAAAUGUUUGCUUGACUUAUGAGAGAAAGAAAAUGGACAAGUUUGUAUGUAGUGCAAGAGAACUGCAUUCCUUACUGUAAGAAAUGCAUUUGUUUUAUUAUAUAUAUGUAGUUGGUCACAACUAGUUUCAUUUUUCAAUGCUAAACAUGAGCAUCCAACUUCAAGAGUCAUUUUUACACUACACAGUUGCAUUUUCAUCUAUUAACCAGAGCAUUUUUCAGACUCUGUUGUGAUAAUGUAUAGUGGAAACAAAAUUCUUAUCAUGUCUUUCACACUACUCUUUUAUUAAGGAAAAAAUGUCUUUUUAUUUAUAAAUAUAGUUUUAUGACUUAA